AUGGCAGACGACAGCCAAGGUGACCGAAGCCGCUUCUACUCUGACCGAGGCCUCGCCCGGGACGCAAAAGUAGAAGGCCUAAACUACCACGGAAUCAACCCCGCCUUACUUAUCGAAAAAAUCAUCCGCGAACGAAUCCUCGACUCCCUCUACUACAAAGACGCCUGCUUCGCCCUCACCUCCUCCACGAUCCUCGACCGGAUCGUAGCGCUAACAUACAUUGGUGGUCAAUACGGUGCACAAAAACCCACGGAGUUUCUCUGUUUGGUGUUUAAGUUGCUACAGUUACAGCCCGAGAAGGAAAUCGUCGUGGAGAUGUUGAAGAGCGACGACGGAGGCGAGGAAUGGAAAUACCUGAGAGCUGUAGCUGCGUUCUACGUCCGUCUCACUUUCCCUGCCCGAGAAGUCUACGAGCUUCUCGAGCCCUUUUACGCUGACUAUCGCAAGUUGAGGGUGCGACAUCUGGGCGGGUGGUCACUUACCACCAUGGAUCAGUUUGUGGAUGAACUGUUGAGGGAGGAGAGGGUUUGUGAUAUUGCAUUGCCGAGGAUUCCGACGAGGAUGAUGCUUGAGGAAGCGGGGGAGUUGGAGGCGAGGGAUAGUGCAUUGGGAAGUGAGGUUGAGGAAAGUGAUGAUGAAGAGGAGGCAUGA